AUGUUGCCCAAUGAUCUACCGUGUUUUAAUAAUCUAGAGAUUACGAGGUGCCCGCAAUUCCUAGUUGAAGGUUCUAGCAUUCGUCUCCCGUCACUCACCUCCAUAGCCAUGAAUGACGUUCCUCUAACAAGCCUUCAGGUGGUCCCUGAGAUGAGGAGUAUGGUUGCUGAUGAAGUGAUAUCGGCAAAUGCAAAGUCUAAGCAUCCGAGUUCAAUAACUUCCUUGAGCAUUGGGAUGAUCAAGAAACUUGUGCUCUUGCCGAAAUGGGUUCCUCAUGGGCCGAUGGAGCUUGAAGCCUUGAAGAUUACUAGCUGUGAAGAACUUAAGACAUUGUGGACGAAUGUGGCGAGAGUGCAACAUAGUCUCCCUGCAUUCCGACAUUUAGAAAUUGAAGGUUAUCCCCAGCUUAUUUCAUUGUUUGAAGAAGAUGAGGAUGAUGAAGACCAACAUCAGCAACAACAAGAAGAGGGACUCCCUUGCAUAGUGAGGCUUGAGCAUCUAACAAUAGAUAAUUGUGAAAAGCUGGAGAAACUGCCACGGCUGCUACAUACCCUCACUUUUCUUCGAGAAUUGCUCAAAUACAUGCCAGAUGCCCUUCCUAAUAAUAAUAGUCUCAGUCACUUGUUCUUGUAUGGGUGUAAGAAUUUGGAGUCCAUUCCGGAAGGAUGGUUCUACUCCGCAACGAAUUUGAGAGAAUUGGAUGUCAGGGGAUGCAAAAAAUUGAAGGACUUGCAGCUCUUGCCACACGGAUUGCAGACCAUCAACUACCUCACUUCUCUUCAUUUACUGGAGAUGAAUAUUUCACAUUGGAACAACAACUUCAAGAAGCUUGGUUUGCACAGUUUAUCCUCUCUUACAACACUGUUGAUUUCAGGCAGAGAAGAAGAAGAUCUGGUGGGUUUUAGCUUUCCGAUAGAUGGGAUGUUGCUGCCCACCUCUGUAAUCAGUCUUUAUAUCGGUGGUUACCCUAGGCCCAAAUCUUUACCAGUGCAAAGGCUGCCUUCCUCACUGAAUACAUUGUCGAUAUGGGGAAGUUGGAAACUAACAGGGAAAUGUGAAAAGGGUAAAGGAAAAUAUUGGCCCCACUUGAGUCACAUUCCUCAAGUCUACGUCCACGGAUGA